CGGCUCGUUCCCCGUCUCCUCCGGCGCUCCUCGCUCCGCCGGCCGCGCCAGCCGCAUGCCCGUCCCGAGGCUCCUGGAGCAGCCCUGAUUCCCUGAGCUCCGUGUCCAUCCCGGGCAAUCCCAAGGCGCCCGACCAGCCCGGGGCCGAGCAGGGCAGAGCUCCAUGAGGGACCUGCACAAGUCUGAGGUGCUGGGGAGCAAGCGCGGCCUGAUGUCAUGGCGGCCGCAGUACCGCAGCUCCAAGUUCCGGAAUGUUUACGGGAAGGCGGCGAGCCGGGAGCACUGCUUCGACGGAAUUCCCAUCACCAAGAACGUCCACGACAACCAUUUCUGCGCCGUCAACGCGCGCUUCCUCGCCAUCGUCACCGAGAGCGCCGGCGGCGGCUCCUUCCUCGUCAUCCCGCUGGAGCAGACCGGCCGGAUCGAGCCGAACUAUCCCAAAGUUUGUGGUCACCAGGGAAACGUGCUGGACAUCAAGUGGAACCCCUUCAUUGAUAACAUCAUCGCCUCCUGCUCUGAGGACACCUCGGUGCGGAUCUGGGAGAUUCCGGAGGGUGGACUGAAGCGGAACAUGACGGAGGCGGUGCUGGAGCUGUACGGACACAGCCGCCGCGUCGGGCUCGUGGAGUGGCACCCGACCACCAACAACAUCCUCUUCAGCGCCGGCUACGACUACAAGGUGCUGAUCUGGAACCUGGACAUCGGCGAGCCGGUGAAGAUGAUCGACUGCCACACGGACGUGAUCCUCUGCAUGUCCUUCAACACCGACGGCAGCCUCCUGGCCACCACCUGCAAGGACAAGAAGCUGCGCGUGGUGGAGCCGCGCUCCGGGAGGGUCCUGCAGGAGGCCAGCUGCAAGAACCACCGUGUCAACCGCGUGGUUUUCCUGGGAAGCACCAAACGGCUUCUGACCACGGGAGUGUCCCGCUGGAACACCCGGCAGAUCGCUCUCUGGGACCAGGAAGAUUUAUCCAUGCCUUUGAUCGAGGAGGAGAUCGAUGGGCUCUCGGGGCUCCUCUUCCCGUUCUACGAUGCUGACACCCACAUGCUGUACCUGGCUGGGAAGGGUGAUGGCAACAUCCGGUAUUACGAGAUUGGCUCGGAAAAGCCCUACCUGAGUUAUCUCAUGGAAUUCCGCUCGCCAGCUCCGCAGAAAGGACUGGGGGUGAUGCCGAAGCAUGGCCUGGACGUCUCUGCCUGCGAAGUUUUCCGUUUCUACAAACUCAUCACCCUCAAGGGGCUCAUCGAGCCCAUCUCCAUGAUCGUCCCGAGGCGGUCGGAAACAUACCAGGAAGACAUUUAUCCCAUGACUCCAGGGACGGAGCCAGCCCUGACCCCGGACGAGUGGCUCAGUGGGGUCAACAGAGAUCCCAUCCUGGUGUCACUGAAGGAGGGAUACAAGAGGAAUUCCAAGAUUGUCUUCAAGGCGCCGGUGAGGGAGAAGAAAAGCGUGGUGGUCAACGGGAUCGACCUCCUGGAGAACGUCCCGCCCCGCACGGAGAACGAGCUGCUCCGGAUGUUCUUCCGGCAGCAGGAUGAGAUCCGGCGGCUGAAGGACGAGCUCUCGCAGAAGGACAUUCGGAUCCGGCAGCUGCAGCUGGAAUUAAAGAACUUCCGGAACAGUCCCAAGAACAAUUGACUCCAGGGACAUUUUCUAAAGAAAUUCCUUUGUUUCUACUCCUGAGUUCCUUGGAUCCACUCACCCAGAACACAAUUCCGGAGUCCGCGGCUGCCGAGAGCCUGGAAUCACGUCCUGCGUGUCUUGUCCGGCACUAAUCCCGCUCUAACCUGAUUCCUGGGAAAGCCUGGAGGCUCCCAGUAAGUCGGAGCCGUGUCCUGUCCGUUGGGAUGAGCCAGCCCGGGGCAGAUUCCCGGGAAAGUGCGAAGCUUCCUUGCUAUUAAUUUUUUUUCCUAUGCAAAAAUGUGACAGUGGGAGCGGAACUGGAAAAGGGGCGGGAAGUGGGAAGGGCUUGAUCGUCAAAGGGGGUUUCCGUGUGGGAAUCCGGGAUCCUUCCCGUGCUGGGAAGCUGGGAUCAUUCCCAUGGGAGCAGGACAAGAUCCUUGCUGUGGUGGGAAACUGGAUCAUUUCCACGGUGGGAUUCCGGGAUCCUUCCCGUGAUCCUUUCCCAUGUUGGGUGCCCAAGACUUUUCCCACAGUGGGAUCCCGGGAUCCUUGCUGUGGUGGGAACCUGGGUUCUUCCCGCAGCUGGAGCCUGGGAUCUGUCCCAGGAUCCUUUCCCAUGGUGGGAAACUGGGAUCCUUCCCAUGGUGGGGAACUGGGAUCAUUCCCUUGGUGGAAAUUUGGGAUCCUUCCCGUGGUGGGAUCCUGGGAUAUUCCUGGGGGUGCUGCCCCAUGGAUGGAGCCCAAGGAAUGGAUCCUGAGGAUGGAUCCCGAGGGAUGCACCUGGAGCUUGCCAGGCUCAGCACUUUGGACAAUCCCAGGAUUGACGGGAUUUGCCCGGAGCACAGGGAAUGGCACCAAAUCCCAUUGGUUUUUCCUGGAGAUCCCAAUUCCCACUGAAUCCAAGCUGCUGGAGUUCCCGGCGUUCCCAGCGUGGGUCUGUCCCGUCCGUGUCCCGCGUUCCCUGCUGCGUUCCAUGUGCUGUCAUUCCCGAUUAUUUAUGCUCCCACGGGAUA